AUGUCGAACGCAAAGUACAAAUCUGAAGACUUAUCAGGAACGCUAUCGGGUGCCAAUGGUGGCGAUUUUUUGGACCCGACGAACGACAGGAUUGCCCGCUCGAAGAACUUUCCGCCGUCUUUGGAGCGCCAUCCUGGAAAUGCCGACUACAACUCGAUGGCUGAUUUGCCCCGUGGAGGUCCUGGGUCGACACCUAAUCCUCGUGGGAUGACGCCUUCUGCAUCCAUGUCCAGCGGGGUUUCGGAUCCGGACGAUCUGAUUCCUGGCGCCUUCCACCCAAGAAAUGAAGGAGGAAAGCAGGGACAAGCUCAUUAUCAGGCCCAUCCUUUCGGGGUCGCUUUCAAUACGGCUGGAGAUCCCGCACAGACGAGCCACAACCCCUACGUUAACCCUGUUUCCAAUGUCGGGGCACCCAAAGCCACUUCGCACCACAAUCCGUUCAGGAAUCUUCAAGAGUCGCCUUCUAAACAGGAGUUGCCUUCCAAGGAGGAGCCUUCCGGUUCGAGCGUCGGGGUUGGCUCUCUUCCUGGCAAGAACACCGAACCGGGCGUCGCAACUUUACCAGAAGAGCGCGAGCACGGUCGACCCUACGGCCAGUAUCGAACAGGUUUCGAAGAUUAUUCGCCAGAGGAAGGGGGCAGGAUGCUUCACGAGAACAAUCCACAGGAGGACGAUUCCUCCAGUGAGCUCGACGCCGUAGGUUCCGACUGGGGUGAUGUGGGUGUUCCUCACCAUCUCGUACAUGAACAUGUUCCCGGUAUAGAACACCAUGUCAUGAGUAAAUGGGAAAUGCCAUCCACCGAGACUCCCUCAGGGGCUCGUUGCGGAGUUGGGUCGUUACCUGGAAAACGGUGCGAACAAGGUGUCGCCAUGCUCCCCGAGGAAAGACUCUUUCCCGCCGAUGAGAUCCUCGAUUCGCAUCUCCCACCCCGCAUGGACCAAAUGCCUUUGGAGGAGCAUAUGUCCGGCGCCGUCGUUGGAGUUGGUUCACUUCCUGGCAAGCGCAGUGAACAGCGUGUUGCGCUGUGUCCUGAGGAGAGGCUUCAUCCUGCCAUUGACAUCCUGAUGUCCCACCUGCCUCCCAGAAUGGAUCAGAUGCCCUCAAUGGAGCAUCCCUCUGGUUCCCAGGUCGGUGUAGGCUCACUCCCAGGCAAGACGGGUGAGGAAGGAGUCGCCAUCCUCCCUGAAGAGCGACUUCACCCUGCUGAGGAAAUUUUGGCGCCUCAUCACCCUUCAUCCAAAGAACAGUCUUCCAAAGAACGGUCUUCCAAGCCUGAGCUUCAUGACGACCUCAAAGCCCAUCACCUCGUCCACGAACAUGUCCCAGGCACGGAACGUGAGUACUGGGCCUUUUUGCGGCAUGGCCUUUCACGAAGGCGUAUUUACAUCAUGGUAGAUCACGUCAUGAGCAAAUGGGAAAUGCCCUCCUCGGAGGUUCCAUCUGGCUCUCGUUGUGGCGUUGGCUCUUUACCUGGAAAGCGAAGCGAGCAGCGUGUCGCCAUGCUCCCCGAAGAGAGACUAUUUCCCGCAGACGAGAUCCUCGAUUCUCAUCUCCCUCCACGAAUGGACCAGAUGCCUUUGGAGGAGCAUAUGUCCGGCUCCAUCGUUGGAGUCGGUUCACUUCCUGGGAAGCGCAAUGAGCGCGGUGUCGCCUUGACUCCCGAGGAAAGACUGCACCCAGCCGAUGAAAUAUUGAUGUCGCACCUCCCUCCUCGAAUGGACCAGAUGCCCUCACGUGAACAUCCGUCUGGUUCCGUCGUCGGCGUUGGCUCCCUUCCUGGCAAUCGUAACGAGAGGGGAGUAGCCCUCCUCCCGGACGAAAGGAAGGAGCUGGGCCUUGACCAUCGUCCUUCUCACCAUCACGGCCGGAGGAGAUCACAUGGAGGUCGAGGCGGACAUCGCGACGCCGCCACGACUGGUGGCCGCGGAGGGCACCGUGCAUCUUCUGCUGAUGGUGUUCGUCGCGAAGCGUCUGGAACCCAUGGACAAGCCCACCGCCAACAAGAAUCCGCUACGACCGACCGAGGCGGGCGUGGUCACAAGACUCAUCAUCCUAAACGUCAUUCCAAGGAUGGGAAGAAGCCUGAACAUGAAGACACUGGUCAUGAUGAAGCUCCUCGUGCAAGCUCUUCCCCUCCCUCUCAAAGUCGUCGUGUCCCGGUGGUCACUCCCGAACACCCUGAAACUCGAGCUGCCAUCUUCGCCGACGUUGCCAAAGAGGGAUGGUACCACGUCUUGCCCCUCAAGCGCAACUUGAUGCCUUCCACCGAGGUUCUGUCCGGGUCCCAGGUUGGCGUCGGGUCGUUGCCUGGAGGUCGUAGUGAGCGAAAUGUAGCUAUGCUACCCGAGGAGAGGUUACAUCCAGCCUACGAUAUCUUGGACUCGCACCUUCCUCCGGGAAAGGACCAACUCCCGUGCUCCGAGCAUCCUUCUGGUUCCAAGGUCGGCGUCGGCUCUCUCCCUGGGACCAUCGUAGAGCCUGGCGUCGCGGUUUUGCCCGAUGAACGACACUGGAUGCAGGAACACCCCGACGACAUGCUCAGCUUCUACGCCGAUAUCUCUCACGUCGGGUUCUACCACGUGAGCAAGGACGCGGAAGGCUACCUCACUCUUCAGUUCACCAGGAACACGCAUGCUGAUGAGGGCAUGUGGAGGCCUCCGUCUCCUACCACCAUCUUCAACGCCGACCGAAAGCAAGACCGUCACGCGAAGGCGCGUCAGCAACCUCCUCAACUCUUUCGAACCCAUCAAAUCAGCGCAAAGGAGGCCAAGGCGAUGGAGGAGAAGCGUGCGAGAAUGAUGAAGGAGCGAACGGAGGGGAUGGGUGGGUUUGGAGGAGUCGUGAAGGAUAUCGAAGGAAAAGCGUCUGAGUUCUUGCAUGGCGCUGAGCAGGCUAUCUAUGGUCUUUUCCAUCCUGGCCAGCCAUCGGGGACCGAUAAACAGCAAGAGACUGGCCGUCGCGAUCACCCAGCUCCUGGAACCAUGGAGCAGACUCCUUCGAAUGAGGAUAUCAUCAUGUCGGCUGACACUGCUGCAGCGGCCGCUCAGUCUUCUACUACUAGCCCUUCUCAAGCACCCCCACACGUCCGUAGGGCUCCCCAGCCACCGUCUAAACAGAAGCCGCCCAUUCCUCCUCGACGAGUGCCCUCAGGCUCUGCUGGUGUCAAGCCGACCCUACCCCCUGGUCACGAGCAGGCCGAAGACACAUUCAACGCUGCUAUGGCUAAGCAAGAGAAGGCGAAGGAGUACGCCGACGUCCAUCCCACCGUUGGGAGGUCUCUCUCCGGGAUCGACGACGAGGACGAGGAGCAGAGGAUGAAGAAGAUCAGGGAGGCUCAGGCGCUGUUGGAUGCCUCUAUGCCCAAGCAUCGAAGGGCUGUAUCCACCUCCCCCUGCGUUCAUAGUGGGGUAGUGGAGCCGACUGCUUCGCCCGCAGAGCCGAUGGUCGCGCCCGCUCCCCGUUCGACCGUCCCAGCCAACGUCCAAACCCAGUACUUCAAGAGCAGUGCCAGCGGCGAUGAGUCGAGCGUUGACUCCCGUUCCCUCGACUCUCGCUUUAUGACCGACGAGAACGGGGACCCUGUGUAUCUGGACGACUACGAGAUUGAUAGGGAGGAAGUGGGGUAUGCUCAUGUUGUUCCUGGGGGCGAUGCUGCUCUUCGACGAAAGCAUCAUACUCCGGGGGCCUCUGAUGGGAAGACUCUGACCGGUGCUGAUGGUGUCGAGUUUAGUAUGGGCACGGAGGGCGGGGUGCUACCUGGCUAUCCCACUCAAGUUGGAAUGAGCCAGUUGAUCUCUGAUCGCGUUGCUGCAGAUAGGAUGCGUGCCAGUGGCGAAAUUCGCCCCCAACAGUUGUCCUCUCCAGCCGAUUCGAAUGUCAGUACUCAGGCUAUUCACGGAUCCGUUUCCGACGUCAACAAGCCCUUCCGUUUCGUUCAUACCGACAUUCCCCUCCCUCCCGAAGAUGUGGCUAGGCGCGGCGCUAUCAAGAGGCCUACGUCUUCGAAUAUCUCCGUCAUUGACCUCGGGAAGCCAUUGCCCAGGGCCUCGUCGGUCAGCCACACUCAGGAACGAGCUCACACUCCGACGAGAAGCCAUAACUGAAACGAUUAAUUUUUUCUUUGUAUUGAUUGUGCUACAUAAAGUAAGUUUCUCUAUGCUUUUUGCUCGUGUAACUUUUGCUCUCGUCGAGAGAAACACGUGUGACCCGACCGUGUAUGUAUUUGUAUCCCAGCGACCCUAUAUUUGUAUCCCAGAAUGUACUGAACUUGUAUUUCCAAUCUAUGUAUGUACAAUGGUU